CUGAGGCGAGUGAUUUGAUGAUGGGGACUCGGGAGUGAAGUCGUUGAAAGCCGCGGCCGGAAACUGACUGACUCGCAUGGUGCCCCGCUGUCAAAUAUAUCACGACACAGCACGACAGGACAGAACUUGAACGUUGCUUCAGGUCUGAUAUUGGUAUCCUACAACUGUAGGUAUCUUACUCCUACCUGAUCCAGCCCUUGACGUCCCAGCAGGAAUCAUCUCAUUACCACUCACUGUCUGGAACUUCCGCCUUGAGUCCAAGUUCCGUCAUCUCCGACCCAACAUCCAAGCUCUGCAAGGCUAACAUCACGCGGAAAUACUCCCUGUUACUGUCCUCGAGAAAGACGAUCUACACCUCAUCCCUCCUCGGCAGACAAGAAUUUCAGUCACUUCAUUGCUGAUCCAGAAAACCAAAGUAAAACCUGCUGGACUUGUCGCUUUUCUCAAAGAUAAAGAUGUCAGAAUCGAGGCUCUACACUUUCUCUCAGGAGACGAGGGACGAGCUGCGCAAGUUCCGAUUAGGCACGUCGAGGGCGAAGACGCCGCUGGCCAAAAUAUACCAGAUCGACACCAAGACCCAAGAAAUCAAGCCAUCCUCCGACGAGACCUAUUCAGACAUGCUCGAACUGGCCGAUGAGCUACCCGACUCAUCGCCUCGGUUUGUGCUGUUGAGCUACCCGUUGACAUUGCCAGCCGGCCGUCUUUCCGUCCCCUACGUCCUAAUCUACUACCUCCCCGUCAACUGCAAUCCAAACAUGAGGAUGAGCUACGCCGGCGCCGUCGAGCUCAUGCGCAACACGGCCGAAGUCAAUCGCGUCAUUGAGAUUCAAGACGCCGACGAUUUACAGGAGAUUGAAAGUAAAUUGAAAGGCGAGGAUUGAACUCGAACUUGAUUUCACGAAUGAAAUCGGGUGCUAAGGUCGGAGGUGAAGUCCAGGAACGCAGUACAAUAUCUUCCGACUCUGAUUGACUAUCUAUCCAUGGCGCUUACCCUGCUGGCCUUUCGGUCACUGGCCAGGACAGAGGGAGGCUUCGGCGCACAACGACUGAUUGAACCAAGUCGCCUCGCUGGCAAUUGAUCAUCGUUUGAUAUCUCUGGAUCUGGCUGCCAGCGUGGCAUCAAGAUUCUGGACACGAGCAUGACUGUUUGGAUUGGUGAAGCUUAACUGAACGACUCGCGGAGGUCUCGUGGCUAAGCACUGCGUUUCUGAUUGCAACUCUUGCAACAGUGAAGUCAGGGGAAACAAGGCGCCGAAAAGGUAUCUGAAAGGCACACAAAGUCGCCAGGGGCAGCGAGGGGCAUGAACAAAACGAGCAAUAUAUACAUAACGUCCAGAAUAAAUGAAUGGACAAAUAUUUUGAUAUAUCUGCCAGUCUGUUACGAAGGCAUCCUUGACCAAUAUUGAAUACCCGUGGCGGUGGAUGGAACAGCGAACCCGGGUUCUUUGUCAUUAGAACCUAUCUAUUUGCUACGUAGUACGUAGUGUAUCGUAGGUGGUACAUUGAUCCUAGUGGCAUUUUACAGAGCGAUAUCAAAUAGUGCGUGGCUGGACGGCCUUCAGACGGCUGUGAGACAAUUAUGGAUUGCAGUGAUUGAUAUUAUC